AUGGCAGAUGACGAGCAAGAAACGUAUAAACUUUGGCGAGUGAGGAAGACCAUAAUGCAGAUGUGUCACGAUCGCGGAUACUUAGUGACCCAAGAAGAAUUGGAUCAAACACUAGAGGAGUUCAAAGAGAUGUUUGGCGAUCGUCCGAGUGAAAGGAAACCGGCUCGCAGUGAUCUCACCAUUCUUGUUGCUCAUAACGAUGAUCCAACAGAUCAGAUGUUUGUUUUCUUCCCAGAAGACACAAAAAUAGGAAUAAAAACGAUUAAAGCCAUUUGCCAGCAGAUGCAGGAACAAACAAUUACUAGAGCAAUUAUAGUGGUUCAAACUGGAAUGACUCCGAGCGCAAAGCAGGCUAUAGCUGAUAUGGCUCCAAAGUAUAUCCUGGAGCAUUUUCUGGAAUCUGAAUUAAUGGUAAAUAUUACGGAGCAUGAACUUGUCCCAGAACAUGUUGUCAUGACUAGUGACGAAAAAGCUGAACUACUAGCAAGAUACAAAUUGAAAGAUACUCAAUUGCCUCGUAUUCAACUCUCGGAUCCAGUUGCUCGAUAUUUUGGACUCAAACGUGGUCAAGUCGUUAAAAUCGUACGUCCAUCAGAAACCGCUGGUCGCUACAUCACUUAUCGAUUGGUUGUAUAA